UGGUAUGAAUAAAAUGGAAGACGAGUCCGAUUCAGAUAGUUCAGCCGAUGAAAUUGAAAAUCAGCGACUGAAAGAGGCAGCUUUAAGUGCUGAAACAAUCGUAAGAGAGACCAAAAGAAAAGAAACAAGGAACCAGGAAAAUGGAUUGCUACCAUCCCAAAGAUCUUCAUCUCCAGUGCCUGACCAUAAUCCACUGAAUACAACACCAGAAUUUAGAACUUUUGUAGCCAAAAAGUUGUCUGAACUUUUAGAUAGAAGUCUCAAAGAUAAAGAUGAAGAAAUAAAGAAAAAUGACAAGACGGAACAGGAUACAGGUAUCAAGCUCUUCUCGGCAUCCACCACGUUGAUAAGACAGGUUAAUGAGGAGACACCUGUUCCUAUAACCUCCUCUGCCAAACAAAGGCCACCCAUUGUCAAAAAAAGGAAACUUGACAGCAGCAGUGAUAGUUCAGACGAAGAGAGCAAAUUAGCAGAUGCUGCCAUAUCUGUUGAUCAGAUAAUGAAGGAAAGUCAAUCUCCUUACAUUAAGACUCAUAAUAAAAAAGAAAAGACAAUACUCAUAGUGAAAGAAGAAAAACCAGCAAAGAAAAAGAAGAAAAAACACAAAAAGAAAAAAGACGAAAUAAAAGUUUCAUGAAAUAUCAAUUUUUUUUUUUUAUGUGUUUUGUUGGGUUUUCUUGAAAGAAAUAUGCAUGGAAAUAUGUCAAUCAAUAAUCAUGAGGAUAAAACAUGCAAUCUAAAUGGGAAAAACAGUGUACCAUAUGAUUGGUAUUUCCAUAUUACCACAAAUUAGACUUGUUGAGAAUCAUGGUUCUGAUUAUACAAUAAUUAAGUUUACUAAUUUACAUAUACUGUACAUGUACUGUACUUUAAAGCUACAUGUCCAUUGAAGAGCUUAGCUUUUUGAACUUUUGCUUAAAUGAUCAUUAGACAUUCAUUCAGAUCUAAAGUAUUUCUUCCCAAAUUGGUUUCUAAAGAUUAUAAUUAGAUGAAAUGAAAGAGUACAAAACAUAAGUACCUGGGUAGCUCAGAAUCUGAAAAAUAUACUGUUUACAGGGUUAUUUUCUCCCCAUGUUAUUUCGCCCUUUUACAAUUGAAAACAAUUUUGCUAAUUUUUUUUAUAUUCGCUAAGACACAAUUCUGUUUAAGAAAUUAUACUGUGUUCUUUGAAUUCGUCCUGUUUAAAAUUCUCGCAAUUGAGAUCGGGGGUGGGAGGGAUUUCCCUGUGUACAGUAAUGUGGCAUGCAGGAAAAUUUGAUUGCCACAUAGCUUGGUUGAGCACCUGACUUGUGAUUCAGGGGGCCUGGGUUCAAAUCCUGGAUCUGGUCUGUCACACUGUCACAUUUUUCCCCCUCGCUGUGUACAUUUGAUGCCUUGCCAUGCCCUUGGAAACACACAUUAAGAGAUCUGCCAGGGAAGAGCCUGGGUUGGUGUCUUUGGGAACAAAAACCUUUAAGGUUAUAUAAAUUAUACCUCAACAGGUUAAAGUAAAACAAAGAAAUUUGUGUUUUGUGAGGCUUUAUUUUACCUGUAGAAGAAUUAACUGUAGCAACAAUAGAGAGAGGUCAAUCUCUUUAACAGUAUAUAUACAAAUACAGUAACAUAAGAACAUUUAGAACAGUAACAGGUGGUUAACAUCUAAUCAAUAAUCAAUGUACUUCAAUCAAAAUAAAGCAAAACUUUAACAGCAGAGAGAUUGGUACGGUUCAGUGGAAUGUAUUGCUGCAUAUUGGUAUACAUGUAUUUAUCAUAAUAUGCAUCUUCAUAUAUCAUAUUAAAUUGGCAAAAAAGUUGGAAAUCCCUUUUGAAAUCUGGCAGGCAAGAACACAUUUUUUCAAAUGACAAGUUGAUGUACAUGCACAUGACUAGGGUAUUCCAUUUUAAAAAAUUGUAAAUAAUUUGAUGAAGGAUUUGUUCUGUAUAUAUGAUUGGGAAUAUGUAACCAGCUAACCAAUUACAAAUGGUAACCAGUUAGAAAAUCUAUACUUGGUUAGCUGAAAAAAAUUAGAUACUUAGAUUUGAACACAAUUUUCUAAAAAUUUAUUUAUAAAAUUAGAAACGUCUGCAUUAAAGUUGGAAUUUUUUCACAAAUCUGAUUUAGAAGUAAUUACCGGUAUGCAUCUCCCAUGGUUGAAACUGCUAGUGAGCCAAUUGGUCAGGUUGUGAAGUACUGUAUGUGUUACCGGGGAAAUUAUGGUUUUUAAAAAGUGUUAAUUGCUUUUUUUAAUGAUACAACAUUACUGUGGAGUAAUAUGAAUAUAUUUGCUGCCGUCAGCUUUUUUAAAAUCAUUUUUCAUGGUUUUCUCAUUUUCCCCUUGUUUAUUGAAAAAAAAAAACAAUAUAUGUACAUGUAGUUUCCUUACCAAGAUAAACAGAUUAUUUCUAACUUCUAAUGUUUCAUUUUGAAAGUCUUCUUGUGUACAUGAAUAGAGCAACUUGCAGAGAGAAAAUAUUUCAUACGAUUGGUUAAUUUGUCAGAACAACUUGUGAUCAAGAAUUCCGUAUUUGAUUGCCUUCCCUAACAUAUGACAAUAAAUCUGGAAUGCUUUAUA